AUGGCUCCAGAACCUGUGGAAGAUGUUCCGAUGUACGAUGAGGAUGAGAAUGAAAAUGAGGAGAACAGACUCAUCAAUGAGGAGUAUAAGACCUGGAAGAAGAAUACCCCCUUCCUCUAUGACAUGAUCCUAAGCACUGCCCUGGAGUGGCCUACGCUCACCACCCAAUGGUUCCCCGACGUAAAGGAGCCCCAGGACAAGAAUGUCCGUAUCCACCGCCUCCUCAUCGGCACUCACACCUCAGACGACAAGCCCAACUACGUCCAAAUCGCCGAGGUAGAAAUCCCAAAGGCCGCCGAGCCCAACGCCGAGGAUUUCGACGAGGACAGGGGUGAGGUUGGUGGCUACGGCAAGGCCGGCGAGGUCGCCAAGAUCAAGUUCAACAUUACGCAGAAGAUCGAUCACCCCGGCGAGGUCAACAAGGCCCGAUACCAACCCCAGAAUCCCGACAUCCUUGCGACUAUGUGCAUCGAUGGAAAGAUUCUCAUCUUUGACCGUACUAAGCAUUCCAGCCAGCCUCAGGGAAAGGUCAACCCUCAAAUUGAGCUCCAUGGACACAAGAAGGAGGGAUUUGGCCUAAGCUGGAACCCCCAUGAGGCGGGAAAGCUUGCAUCUGGAAGUGAGGAUGAGACUGUUUGUCUGUGGGAUCUACAAACUGUGCAGGCAAACAACCACAUCUUGAAGCCCACACGAAAGUAUACGCAUCACAGUCAUGUUGUCAACGACGUCCAGUACCAUCCGUUCAACAAGAACUUUAUCGGCACUGUCUCCGAUGACCUGACUCUUCAAAUAAUCGACGUCCGCCGUGCCGAGACGGACAAGGCAUCCUUGAUUGCAAAGGGUGGCCACACCGAUGCCAUCAACGCUCUCGGAUUCUGUCCCACCAGCGAGUACCUCGUCGCCACGGCCUCGGGAGACAAGACCAUUGGUAUCUGGGACCUCAGAAAUAUCAAGGAGAAGGUCCAUACCUUGGAGGGACAUAAUGACGCUGUCACUUCUCUGUCCUGGCACCCCACCGAGCCCGGCGUGCUUGGCUCCGGCAGUUAUGAUCGCCGAAUAAUCUUCUGGGAUCUAACUAAGAUUGGUGAUGAGCAGUUGCCCGACGACCAAGAGGAUGGCCCCCCGGAGCUUUUGUUUAUGCACGGAGGUCAUACCAACCACUUGGCCGAUUUCACCUGGAACCCUAACGAUCCCUGGCUCGUCUGCAGUGCGGCCGAGGACAACCUCCUCCAGAUCUGGAAGGUGGCCGACUCCAUCAUCCAUGUCCAUGACAAAGAUCUGCCCAUGGAAGAACUCCAGUCCUAG